AUGUUCAUUUAUCAUACAAGCAUAUGGCUUCUUCUCCUGAUAGCACUAUGUGUCCUAUGGGCUGCGCCUCCUGCACUUGCAUGGGAAUGGCACAAGGGCUGGAACGAGACCGGCCAGCGGAAAAGUCCCGAAGAGGACCCCAAACCUAUAGCUGGAGCUGGCAUCCAGCAUGACUUCAACGCGAUAUCUCGCCGCAUUCCAGGCAGUAAUGCCGUGCCUGUUUUCCGUCGCUUACUUUGUGGUAUGAGACCAGGCUCCGAUGGGGAAGGCGCUAUGUACAUAUUCAGGAAUGGUCUGCAACAUAGAUACUCGAUGGAUGAGGACCGCUGGAAAGUGGGAUGCACCAGCCUCAAGGUGGGAGUGAAGAAACGCUUGGCGCAAUGGGGAAGACAGUGUGGCCGCUCGCCUGUGCUGAUCGGUGAAUGGAAGGUCAAGCACCACAGAUUAUGUGAGAACUUGAUACAUUCCGAGCUGAAGUUGAAGGAACCCAGAAAGGCCAUUGCGAGUGGUUCCGGGGCCCGUUAG